AUGGGGGUGGCGUGUUCCCUAGCGGGUGAGAGGGGUCAGGAGCCUUGGUCGGGAUCUUUUAGCUCCGCCACGGCUUUUUCCUCGGGCUGGGGCCGCCGGAGAAGCGCUGAGCGUGUGGCUGAAAGGGGGAUCCGGGCCUUUUACAAAGCCGGGCGGCUCGCCCCGCUGCACCGGGGGGUGCCCAAGCCGGGGCUGCGUCUAAGCCUGGCGAGACUGAAACGGGGUCUGAGCGGUCCGAGUGUCUCUGGCCCGGGCCCGGGCCGACCAGAUUUUGAUGUUGAUCACUUUGUAUCAGACUGCAGGAAACGUGUGCAGUUGGAAGAGCUCAGAGAGGAUCUGGAGCUCUAUUACAAACUCCUUAAAACUGCAAUGGUGGAACUUAUAAAUAAGGACUAUGCAGAUUUUGUUAAUCUCUCAACAAAUCUAGUUGGCAUGGACAAGGCUCUUAAUCAGCUUUCAGUACCCUUGGGACAGUUAAGGGAAGAAGUUAUGAGUCUUAAGUCGUGUGUCAGUGAAGGAAUUCAAGCAGUAGAUGACCGGAUGACUAAACAAGAAGAUAUUAGAAGAAAAAAGAUGUGUGUCCUGAGACUUAUUCAUGUUAUUCAGUCUGUUGAGAAAAUCGAGAAGAUUCUACAUUCCCAAGGCACUAAAGAAUUGUCCUCAUUAGAGGGAAACAGCCCACUGUUAACUGGACAGGUUUUAGAGAGAAUCGCCACAGAAUUUAAUCAACUGCAAUUUCAUGCCGUACAAAGCAAAGGAAUGCCCCUUUUGGACAAAGUGAGACCACGUAUAGCUGGAAUAACAGCUAUGUUGCAGCAAUCUCUGGAAGGGUUGCUCUUGGAAGGCCUUCAGACUUCAAAUGUUGACAUAAUACGUCACUGUCUUCGCACUUAUGCAACAAUUGACAAAACGCGAGAUGCAGAGGCUUUAGUUGGUCAAGUGCUUGUAAAACCUUAUAUAGAUGAGGUGAUUGUGGAACAGUACGUUCAAUCUCAUCCUAAUGGCCUUCAGGCUAUGUACAAUAAACUGCUGGAGUUUGUUCCUCAUCAUUGCCGUCUCUUGCGUGAAGUAACAGGGGGAGCUAUUUCAAGUGAAAAAGCCGAUAUUGUUCCUGGAUAUGAUUUCUUGGUGAAUUCAGUGUGGCCAGAAAUAGUACAUGGUUUAGAAGAGAAAUUGCCAUCACUCUUUAACCCUGGAAACCCAGAUGUGUUUCAUGAGAAGUACACUAUUAGUAUGGAUUUUGUACGGAAAUUUGAACGACAGUGUGGCUCCCAGGCCAGCGUGAAACGGUUAAGAUCUCAUCCCUCUUACCAUAGCUUUAACAACAAGUGGAAUUUGCCUGUGUAUUUUCAAAUAAGAUUCAGAGAAAUAGCAGGGGCCUUAGAAGAAGCACUUUCAGAUACACUAGAGGAAGCACCAGCUGGCAGCUCUUACUGUCUUUUGGCCACUCACAUGGUCUGGAUGAGUCUUCUGAAGUGCUGGUCAGAUCAGAUGUUUCUACCGUUAUUAGCACAUCGUCUGUGGAAACUUAGUCUGCAAAUUUUGGCACGCUACUCUGUGUUCAUUGGUGAGGUUUCUGUAAGGCCGAUUUCCAGUGAGAAUACAAAGGAAGGCAAAAAGUCAGUGCCAGUUGGUAGAAAGGAAUCUUCUGUAAGCCUCAACCCCAGUGAGGACCAAGAGAACGGGUCUUCUCCAGAAAGUCAGCCGUUGCCUUCUAUAUCUAGUACUCAGUUGGUGUAUGUUGCUGCAGAUCUGGACAAACUACAGGAUCAGGUUUGUGCUUGUGACUUUACUUACAAAAGAGUCUUCAUUGAUCUGUGUGCCAAUACUGUUUGGCAUCUUGUUAAGGACAUGAAAUUGUUUGAUGUACCAUAA